AUGUCUCGACUAGACAACCUCACAAAAACCGAAACCGACGUAUCCCGUCCCUCUGCACUCCCAACCGCCAACCUCCGCGUCAACCGCACCAUCUCCCAACAACCUCUCAUCGACCAAAGCUCAGCUGAAUACCUAGAAAAUGUUGAAGAAGAAUGGAACAAAAAGGUCGACGUAGAAGUGGAGACGUUGGUCAAUGGGAUGGUGGAUUUGGUUAAUCUGGCUUCGAUUGGGGAGAAAGACAAAUUUACGGUUGCUCAGGAAGCAUUUGCAGCGCAAUCUAGAGCAGAAUCUAUGGUCCGAGCAGCCAACUCCCUUCUCUCAAUCGUACAUUCUAUGAAGCUCUUACUUCUGCUCUCCGACGAAUCUCAGACCGCUCAUCGGAGGGACGCGGAAGAGAAGGAAAUUCGAGAAGCCAACGAAGAAACCAAACGGAAGGUCGCCGCCCUGCUCGACGAGCUGCUACGAAAGCCUUCAGGGUCGUCUGCAAGCGGCGGAAGCUCUUCUUAA